CACAUCUCAGUGUCCACAGUAGUCCCUCAGCCACACAGCUUACAGCACAUUAAAGGCUUCCUAAUGUUACAAAGUUCCCUACACCAAAACCCCUCCGUACUGGUGACGGCACAUUCUUUACAUUUCCGUUCCACGUGUCAGGUAUUAAUGCUGUGAUCGACCCUAAAGAUAUAUUCCCCCAGCGGCAUGCGCGGAUUUGUGGUUGCCAUGGUAACAGGGCAGCCCAUAAGAUGUCUGUCAGUGGGAUGGUCAUUGUGUGUGUGUGUGUGUGUGUGUGUGUGUGUGUGUGUGUGUGUGUGUGUGUGUGUGUGUGUGUGUGUGUGUGUGUGUGUGACUAACGUAACGCCAUCACUGCAGUUAAGGAAGGGGGAGUAUUAGGGGGCGGAGCUUCAGUCACUGCAGCAUGAGAAUGGAUACUCAUGCAGCCAAACACACUGGAGCUCCCUCCUCCUUACACGUACCACACACACCCGCACACAUACACACACUCAUACCCACACACACACAUGCACACACACAGCCCAACGUCAAAGAGCAAUGAAGCCAGGCUCGCAGCAUUUCUACUAGUCCUGCCGUCACUCCAUCAAGUGCAUCUCUCACAGACACAGCCUCUCCACGCUGAGCUGAACCGUAGCAGGCAUCAUGUCCUCCAGCGUGUCCCCCCCAGGGACUGGCACCGCACCCGGGUCCAAGAGCAAGCAACCCCAGUCCCCCUUCAGGAAGAGGGGCAGCCUGCAGUACAAUGCCAGCCCGGUUGAGCUUCGCGGCGCACGUCACCUCCUCACUUCCCAGCAUUCGUUGCCGGGAAUCCCAGUGGCCCUAAAGCAGCCCAUUGACCUUCGCACAUCCAUGGACGGAAAAUACAAAGAGAUCGCGGAGGAGCUGUUCUCCCGCAGCCUAGCUGAGAGCGAGAUGCGGAGCGCGCCCUACGAGUUCCCCGAGGACAGCCCCAUCGAGCAGCUGGAGGAGCGACGCCAGCGCCUGGAGAGACAGAUCAGCCAGGAUGUCAAGUUCGAGCCAGAUAUUUUGCUGCGAGCGAAACAGGAAUUCAUGAAAACAGACAGCGCUACAGAUCUAGAAUAUUUGAAGGACGAGGACCAGGCGAGUUACUAUCUGGAGAGAGAGCUGAUUCCUGAGAGGGAGUACCAGAGAGUCUCCAUUUCCGGGGAGGAGAAAUGCGGGGUGCCCUUCACAGAUCUGCUGGAUGCAGCCAAGUGUGUGGUGAAGGCUCUGUUCAUCAGGGAGAAGUACAUGGGCGAGUCUCUGCAGAGCUUCUGCCCGACCACCGCCCGCUACCUGCAGGAGCUGAGUGACCGGCCCCUGGGGGCCUGCGAUGAGGACGUCCCAGAAACCACUGCUGACCCCACUCACAUGCACCCGGAACCCGGUUCCAAAACCCACCCCUACGAGAAACAACACCUGGCCGCCAUGCCCCCGGACGCUGGCUACGGCUGCCAGAUGGUCGAUGGGGUGGUGCACGUGUUCACCUCCCAAAGCACCAUGGACACGAGCACAGAGCUUGACCUGCCCUAUACGGACCUGCGAGAAUACAUUGCUGAUAUGAACAUGAUGAUGGCCCUCAUCAUCAACGGCCCAGUAAAAUCCUUUUGCUAUCGCCGUCUGCAAUACCUGAGCUCCAAGUUCCAGAUGCACAUCCUGCUGAACGAGAUGAAGGAGCUGGCGGAACAGAAGAAAGUCCCGCACCGAGACUUCUACAACAUCCGCAAGGUGGACACGCACAUCCACGCCUCGUCCUGCAUGAACCAGAAGCACCUGCUGCGCUUCAUCAAGCGGGCCAUGAAGAAGUUCCCCAAGGAGAUCGUCCACGUGGAACAGGGCCGCGGCCAGACCCUCAUGGAGGUCUUCGACAGCAUGAACCUCACCGCCUUCGACCUGAGCGUCGACACGCUGGACAUGCACGCUGACCGCAACACUUUCCAUCGUUUUGACAAAUUCAACGCCAAGUACAACCCUAUCGGCGAGUCCAUCCUGAGGGAGAUCUUCAUAAAAACAGACAAUCACGUGGAGGGGAAAUACUUCGGUCACAUCAUAAAGGAGGUAAUGGCUGACCUGGAGGAGAGCAAGUACCAGAACGUGGAGCUCAGGCUGUCCAUCUAUGGCCGGUGCAGAGACGAGUGGGACAAGCUGGCCAAGUGGGCGGUCAUGCACCACGUCUACUCAGACAAUGUGCGCUGGCUUGUGCAAGUACCGAGACUCUUUGAUGUCUACCAUACCAAGAAGCAGCUGUCCAGCUUUCAGGAGAUGUUGGAGAACAUCUUCAUGCCCCUGUUUGAGGUCACCGUCCACCCAGGCAGCCACCCUGAGUUACACCUCUUCCUACAGCAUGUGGUGGGCUUCGACAGCGUGGAUGACGAAUCCAAGCCUGAGCAGCACAUCUUUAACCUGGACAGCCCGCUCCCAGCUAGCUGGACAGGGGAGGAAAACCCCCCCUACUCAUACUACCUCUACUAUACCUACGCCAACAUGACCGUGCUCAAUCACCUGCGCAGGCAACGUGGGUUCAACACCUUCGUGCUGCGUCCCCACUGCGGAGAGGCAGGACCGAUCCACCACCUGGUGUCUGGCUUCAUGCUGUCAGAGAACAUCUCCCACGGCCUGCUGCUGAGGAAGGCUCCCGUCCUGCAGUACCUGUACUACCUGGCCCAGGUCGGCAUCGCCAUGUCCCCCCUCAGCAACAACAGCCUGUUCCUCAGCUACCACCGCAACCCCCUCCUGGAGUACCUGUCGCGGGGCCUGCCGGUCUCCCUGUCCACAGACGACCCCCUGCAGUUCCACUUCACCAAGGAGCCUCUUAUGGAGGAGUACAGCAUUGCGGCCCAAGUGUGGAAGCUGAGCUCCUGCGACAUGUGUGAGCUGGCCAGGAACAGUGUGUUGAUGAGUGGCUUCUCCCACAAGGUGAAGAGCAACUGGCUGGGCCCAUACUUUGGGAAGGAGGGCCGCGAAGGGAACGACAUCAGACGGACCAACGUGCCUGACAUCCGCGUGGCCUACCGAUACGAGACCAUGUGUGAGGAGCUCAACCUGAUCAUUCAGGCCAUCCGCACAGACCAGCUGGAGACCAUCGAAGAAGAGGCCUGUCUGACUAUGAAGGACGACAGGAAUCACUAGAUGCUUCCAAGAAACAUCAUUACGAAUCAAGUCAAGCCCUUCUAUUUUUACAUUGGGACCAAGUCAGAAUUUGAACACAAAUCAAAAAACUUUUGAAACCAGAAGUGAUGGUGAAUUAAUUAAAAAGCAGAAAUGCAUUACUAGGAGACUGUGAGUUACCAUGGCUUAGCAAUGUGAAAGGGGCCCUGUUAUGGCCUGUUUUAAGGGUCUGCACUAUCCGAAGUGUUUAACGUUCUAUUAUUGUUGUGAUUGUUGUGGUUCAAGAGUUCCUUUUGUAUUCACUGUACUCAGUGUGUUUAUUCAUGUGGCCAUAUUCUUUUAAUUUCUCCGUCCGCUAGUCUGUAUAUCACGUCAUUUCUUUUUGCACAGCAUGAACGAGAGCAACUCUUAAGAUAUUGUUAUCAACAUUGACCAUGUCGACUUCCAAUCCUCAUAUUAGCGGAUAGCAGUGAGGCAUUACUCCUUUCUGUGAAGUGCUGUAUUGUGCAUUGCAGUAUCAUACCAGGCUGUUAUUGUGGGUGUGUGAAAUCAUCAAUGCAUUCACCUUAAUGCACGUAUGUAAGGCUGAUUUGAAUUCAUACUUGCAUAACCAUGGGAACCGGAUCAUUAACCACAACACUGCCAUGUGACAGGCCUCAGCGACAUCACUCCACAGCCCCACCCUACAGGUUUAUAUCUAUUUAGUUGUUUCUGUAAUGUUCUUUGGCCCAUCCAGUGUUUUCCAGUGGGGUGAUAAAUUGACGUGAUGUUGUAACUCUGUCAAUGCAUGGCCCCUUUGUUUGAAAAAGGGGCAUGGUAACUAUGUCUACCUUUACUUAACCUGGCUUUAUUUUGACAUUAUUUGAUCAAAACAAGUCAAGCAUACAUGGCUGAAAGCUGUGAAUCAUUAACUGUGCUGGAUCUAAGAACGCUAAAUUCACAAGGAGAAAAAAGCUAUUAGCAACUUGAACCUGAUCAUGCUGUUGAUGUUGUCUAUCGGCUUCCAUGGCUAUAUAUUAUUAGCCAUGAAAAAUAGACUAAGGACCUCCUUGCAUUGGUCCAUUGUGAUAAGUUCACUAAAGUGUAGUACACUGAUCUCCAUGUCAAAAGGUGAUUAAAAAACAUAGUUAUUGCUACAGUUGA